AUGAGCGGGAACCUGGCGCAAUUGUUCGGGCGUAGGCCGGUCAUAAUGGGAGGCAUAGUUUUCUUCGCGGUGGGCUCUGCUGUGUGCGGGUCUGCUCGAUUUUUCGCCGUAUUGGUUGCGGGUCGCGCCAUUCAAGGAGUCGGUGCUGGAGCGAUCCAAGCCCUGAGCUCUAUCAUUAUCACCGACCUCGUCCCGCUAAGGGAGCGCGGUGUCUAUGCUGGUAUCACGGGAAUGCUCUGGACAACGGGAGCAGCGGCGGGACCUUUCAUCGCUGAUGGUCUGGCUCAGAAGGCGACGUGGAGGUGGUUAUUUUACCUUAACCUUCCCUUAUCUGGUCUUGCCUUUUUCAUCGUCGCUAUAUUCCUACGUCUCAAAAAGCCGGAGGGCAAGAUCCGAGAGAAGCUAUCCAAAAUCGACUGGAUUGGCAACGUUCUGAUAAUCACGUCAACCUGCUCGUGCAUCCUCGCCUUAACCUGGGGAGGCAUACGCUUCCCGUGGUCUUCAGGGAAAAAUUUGGGUCCUCUAAUAGCAGGAAUAUUCGGGCUGGGUGCUACUCUGGUCUAUGAAGCACUUUGGGCAGUGGAUCCUAUGAUUCCCUUUGUGGUCCUAUCGAAUCGCACGACGGUCUCCGGAUAUAUUGCUACUUUCGUCCAAGGAAUGAUGACGCUUGCAAUAGGAUUCUACCUACCUACGUGGUUUCAGUCUGUAAAAGGCGCAAGCCCGAUUCUUUCGGGGCUUUACCUGCUCCCACUCUCAGCUUCUAUCUCGCCGUCUACCAUCGUACAAGGUAUUAUCAUCGCUAGAACUGGGUUGUAUCGGACUGUGAAUUUCGUUGGCUGGGUCUUGCUACUCCUCGGGACCGGGCUCUUAAUCACGUUGAAUGCGCAUACGUCGAUUGGUUUGAUCGUCCUCUACCAGUUAUUCAUGGGAGUUGGAUUUGGGCUGCUAUAUUCUAUGACAUUCGCCGUGCUCGCCCCUCUUCCGUUACAUGGGGCGUCGCCAUCGGAGGCACUAUCCUUCAAAACGCCCUCAAAACCCGCAUUCCUUCUUCCAUCAUCGUAG